AUGGCUUCCAUAAUCCUAAGAUUCAGGUCCAAAGAUGGGAUGUUUCGAGUGACAACAAACUCGGAGUCACCAUUCCAGUCCGUAAUUGACCAAUUACAUUCUAAACUCCCCCCAAAUCUAGAUUUCUCAAAGGUUUUCAUCUCAGACAAACCAGGCAACGCAGCAGCAGCAGCAGCAGGAGGAGGAGCAGCUUCACUGACUCUGCUUCUGUCGAUAUUGAACCAAUCUGUGUCACAACUUAACCUCAAGAAUGGUGACUUGUUAUAUCUCGAUUAUGCCAAUGCAAUUCCUACUUCGGCAUCGUCAUCGUCAUCAUCAACACAAGCAGACACAACUACAGCAAAAGUAACUUCGACAUCGUCUCACGGACCAAUCAAGGUCAACCAACUUGCAAUAGACGAUGAACUCGACUCGCUAGACGGCAUGAUCCACCGUCCCCUCUCGUCCAUGUGUCGACAUGGAGCCAAGGGAAUGUGCGAAUACUGUUCUCCCUUGCCACCCUGGGACGAAAACUACCGCAAGGAGCAUGCAAUCAAACACAUUUCAUAUCACGCAUAUUUAAGCCAGGCAAUGGCUAAAACCAACAAGAAGGAAUUGGCCAGUUCAUACAUUGCACCAUUGGAAGAUGCAAAUUUUGCCAUUGAUUUAAAUUGCAAUGAAGGUCAUCGAAGAUACCCUCAGGGGAUCUGUUCCAAAUGUCAGCCUCUGCCUAUAACGUUGCAACUACAGAAAUUCCGCAUGGUUGAUCAUUUGGAAUAUGCCCUGCAUGAAAUCUUGAACGAUUUCAUCAAUGUGUGGAGACAAACUGGGGUGCAACGAUUUGGAUAUUUAUAUGGUCGAUAUGAGCGAUUUGAUAAAGUUCCCUUGGGGAUCAAAGCAGUGGUUGAGGCAAUUUACGAGCCUCCUCAACAUGACGAGUUGGACGGAUUGACGUUGUUGCCGUGGGAGGACGAGCCAUUGGUUGAUGACGUUGCUGCGAAAUUGGGAUUGCAAAAAGUUGGCAUUGUCUUCACCGAUUUAACCGAUGCCGGUUCGAGAGAUGGCCGGGUCUUGUGCAAGAGGCACAAGGAAAGCUAUUUCUUGACCAAUUUGGAAAUCAUCAUGGCUGCCAAGUUCCAGAUCCAAAACCCCAACAUCACCAAAUAUGCCAACCUGGGCCAUUUCAGCUCCAAAUUUGUUACUUGUGUUAUAUCUGGCGGGCUACAAGGAGAAAUCGAACCUAGGUCCUAUCAAGUUAGCUCUGGCGCCGAGGGUUUAGUUAGAGCCGACAUGAUCACUGGCUCGACUCAGCCUUCGCAGAUUUACGUUAACGGAAACAACGAUAAGCGAUAUGUCCCCGAUAUCCAAUACUCAAAGCUUAAUGAAUAUAAUCUAGAAGUGAAACACAACGCAAAGCCAACUUUCCCUGGCGAGUUUUUGCUUGUUUCACUAACCGAUUCAUUCCCAAUUGAUCCAGAGCCCAUGUUUACUGCCAAAGCCAAAUACGUCAUUGCCAAUAGAGAGUUCUUGGGCCAAGACGGAGAAGAUCAUUUUCAAAACUUGCAUACCGUGGCCAAAUACAUUAAACUGAAUGACGACCAGCUAUUCGAUUUCCACUGGCUUGUUCAUAUUGCCAAGUUGGGCAUCUUGAAUGACACAGAGUUGCAAUUAUUGUACAGUUAUGCACGAGAGAAGAAGUACGAGGAUUAUUUGAAAUUGGUUCAAAGCGGCGGCUGGAUGACCUUGAUGACGAUCUUGGAACAAAGCACAUGA